AUGGAGCUGAAGCCUGGGCUUUUGCUGUGCUUGUUCCUCUUGGGGAACACCAAGCUGUGCUGCUCCCAGUCCCUCUGGCCCUUGCAGGGUGGAACCCGGCCCCCUGUGCCCUUCCUGCCACCCAUACACGUGCAGUGUCUGGAAGCUCAGCUGGUGGUCACAGUCAACAGAGACCUCUUUGGCACAGGGAAGCUUGUCCAGCCUGGUGACCUCACUCUGGGGCCUGAGGGCUGCCGGCCCCUGGAUUCCUCAGCCAUGGAUGACACCGUGGUCAAGUUUGAGGUUGGGGUGCAUGAGUGUGGCAGCAGCGUGCAGGUGACAAACGAUGCCCUGGUAUACAGCACCUUCCUUCUCCACACGCCCCGGCCUGUGGGAAACCUUUCCAUCGUGAGGACCAACCGUGCGGAAGUUCCCAUCGAGUGCCGAUACCCGAGGCAUGGCAACGUGAGCAGCCAGGCGAUCCUGCCCACCUGGGUGCCCUUCAGAACCACAGUGUCCUCAGAGGAGAAGCUGGCAUUCUCCCUGCGCCUGAUGGAGGAGAACUGGAGCAUGGAGAAGACAUCUCCCACCUUCUACCUGGGAGAGGCAGCCUACCUGCAGGCAGAGGUCCACACUGGCAGCCACCCGCCACUGCAGCUCUUUGUGGACUACUGUGUGGCCACACCGACACCAGACCAGGAUGCCUUCCCUCGUCACACCAUCGUGGACUUCCAUGGCUGCCUUGUAGAUGGGCAGUAUGACAGCUCUUCGACAUUCCAAGCCCCCAGACCCAGGCCAGACAUGCUCCGGUUCACAGUGGAUGUGUUCCACUUUGCCAACGACUCCAGAAACACGAUCUACAUCACCUGCCAUCUGAAGGUUACGCCAGCUGGCCAAGUCCCAGACCAACUCAACAAAGCCUGCUCCUUCAACAAGUCUUCCAAUAGCUGGUCACCAGUAGAAGGUGCUGCUGACAUCUGUAAGUGUUGUGACGAGGGCAACUGUGGCGGUCCAGGCUAUCCCAAGAGGCAGCCCCUGAGCCAGAGACUCGAGACGCUUCCGCUUCCACGGAACCGCAGACAUGUGACAGAAGAAGCAGACGUUACUGUGGGACCACUGAUCUUCCUGGGAGAAGCUGGGGACCACAGUGUAGAGGGCUGGGCCUCUUCUGCACACACGUCCAUGGCUCUGGGUUUGGGCCUGGCCAUGAUGGCACUUCUGAGCCUAGCUGUGGUCCUGGGUCUUACCAGGAGGUGCCACACUGCUUCCCGUUCUGUGUCCCUUUCCCAAUAA